UGAAAAGUCAAAAUUCUCGGUGUAUUGUCAACUUGCCCAUAACCUCAGAAAUUGAAACAUUUCAUGACACAGCCGGAAUUCAGUUCACAAAACAAAUCGUGAUAAUUUUCUUAAAAUCAAAAUGAGUUCAAUUGGAACAGGGUACGAUUUAUCUGCAUCACAAUUCUCGCCCGACGGAAAAGUUUUUCAGGUGAACUAUGCCGCCAAGGCUGUGGAGAAAAGUGGGACGGUGGUUGGGAUUCGCGGCAAGGACUGCGUAGUGCUGGCCGUGGAGAAGAUAAUCACAAGUCCGCUGUACGAGGAGAAUGCUGCGUCGCGAAUCUACACAGUGGAUAAGAACAUUGGGCUUGUGCUCUCUGGGCUGUUGGCCGAUGGGAUCAAGCUGCUGAGCAUCGCCCGGGAAGAAGCCACAAAUUAUCGAAUGCAGUUCGACCGAACGAUUCCCCUGAAGAUCCUCAAUGAAAGGCUUUCGGCUUAUAUCCACGCUUACACUCUAUACAGUGCGGUAAGGCCUUUUGGAGCGGCUGUGAUCCUGGCGUCGUGGGACGAAGUUAAUGGAGCGCAGUUGUAUAAGAUUGAACCGUCUGGAUCUUCAUUUGGAUAUUUUGGCUGUGCCAGUGGUAAAGCGAAACAACAAGCAAAAACUGAAUUAGAAAAAUUAGACUUGAAGAAUAUGAGUACUGAAGAAGUAGUCAAAAAUGCAGGCCGAAUCAUUUAUCAAGUGCACGACGAGCUAAAAGAUAAGGAAUUCAAACUUGAAUUGAGUAUGGUCGGCAAAGAGGUUGAUGGUCUACAUCGUAUUGAACCCUCGAUUUGGUACGAGAUGGCCAUUGAGGCUGGAAAUGCCGCUAAAAAGGAAGACGACAGUGAUAACGAAGUCUAAGUUCACCAAGCAUUUCCUUCACAAGAGGUGGCGUGGCUUUCGUCUUAACUGUUCGUAUUUUUUAAGGAUCCCUUUUCGAUUUAUAAUUUGUAAAAACGAUUGAAAAAAAUACA